CAUUGCGUUUUCUGAAUUUUCAAUUGGGACACGGCCUUUUCCCAUUAGCAGUGCAUGUGAGGAGAGUGAAGGAGUGACAUAGAGAGUGUGUGAAACGGAGUCUAUUCUGAAAGUCGUCUCCACGUUCUCCUUUGCACUAAUUGUGGGGUGUGCUGUGUCUGUUUCUGUGUGCUACUAUUCUCAUAUUCCACAAAAUCAGCUUUUUCUUAUGAAGUUCUGAACCUUCCGUUUCUUGCCCAUGGCCAACUGUACAUGAAAUUUUCGAACACCCUCUCUUCAGAUAUCGUUGAAGGUUGCAUUUUUAGGUCAUUGGUAAAUUUUGGAGAUCUGGGUAUGCUGUAUUUUGGUCUCUCAAGUGGGUUAGACCAGUGACCAACCUGGGUCAUAAUGUUGGAAGAUGCUCCUUGAUUUGCGAAAAGGUUUUGUUUCUCGAGCUGGACUUCUUUUUCCCCACUGUGAAUUUGCUUUUUGUCAGCUGUUGUACCUCACUAAAGUAUUAGCUUUCUUGAAAGUUGUUUGUGGGUAUUGACUUUUUGCUGUUUACCAAAGUUAAGUGUUUUUUUAAGGGAUUGGGUCUGGUGGUUGUGUUUUUUUUUUCCUCUGAAGAAAUUGGAGCAUUGCUUGUGGAAGGGUUGAUCUGAAAAUUGAAAUUUUUUGUUGAUGCUUGAUCUGGGGUGUUGUGUCGAGUUUGUUUCUGGAAAGCAUAGGAAUUUGGAGUGAUGGUGGUUUGAGAAAGUAUCAGAGAAAUGGUGAUGGAAGUGUUUAACUAGUACAUUUUGCUUUUGAGGGAAGAUUUGUGCAGUGAUGGCUUCAACCAACCCUUCUCCAAAUGCUUCCCCUGUUGCAGUGCCUCCAGUUCUUGGUGGUAUUUUAUCACCACCACCUUCUUCAUCUUCUCCAACCAAUUCCUCCAACCCCCCAUCAUCUCUCAAUUCUUCCCAGCCCAAUCAAACACCCAAUUCCCCUGCUCCUUCAUCUCCCUCUGACCCUUCAGCUCCACCUCCUUCACCUCCUCAGGCAGUGCCUGUAACCCCUCCUCCUUCCAUAUCACUCUCUCCUCCACCAUCUUCUCCACCACCACCAACUCUGCCCCCUCCUUCACCACCGGAUUCUCCACCGCCAUUACCACCAGCAUCUCCAACGCCACCAGUUGUGACAUCUCCCCCCUCACCACCUGCCACCACCACUGCUCCUCCUCCAGCUGAGCUUCCACCUUCCCCUCCAGUUUUGUCUCCACCAUCUUCACCAACUGUUUCCCCUCCUCCCCAAUCUCCUCCCGCUACAAUUCCCCCUCCUUCUCAACCAAUUUCACCAUCUCCUCCUCCUCCUGCCAAUGUUCCAAGGCCACCAUCCACCGGUACUCCUCCACAGAAAGAAAGUCCUCCCAAAACUACUCCUUCACAUGCACCUCCUCCAUCAGUUUCUCAAUCUCCUCCUAAGCCCCCUUCUUCUGAUGUCCCCCCUCCAUCCACAUUGCCAUCAACUCCUCCUUCAGUCCCUUCAGGAUCUUCACCUCCAGCUUCUUUGCCUGACCCCCCAACCAAUGAAACAGCCGUUGGGGGUCCACCGGUACCACUGCCGUCUCUUCCAACCGAGAAACCCACUGCUAGACCAACUAAUGAUGGUUCUAACGAUGUAGCUACAAACAACACGCCUUCACAUUCAGGUGGGUUAAGUGCUGGAGGAUCCGUCGCCAUUGGAAUUGUAGUUGGUUUUAUUGUCCUCAGUUUUCUUGUUAUGGCCGUGUGGUUUGUACAGAAGAAGAAGAAGAAGGAAAAAGGAUCAAGAGGUGGUUAUGCUGCUCCUUCUCCAUUUACCUCAUCCCACAAUUCAGGUACCUUAUUCUUGAGGCCACAGUCUCCAGCCAACUUUGUAGCAGGUAGUGGAUCUGGUAGUGAUUUUGUGUAUUCUCCAUCAGAACCAGGUGGUGUAAGUAGCUCGAGAUCAUGGUUCACGUAUGAAGAACUUAUCCAAGCUACGAAUGGAUUUUCGGCACAAAAUCUGCUGGGAGAAGGUGGAUUUGGUUGUGUCUAUAAAGGUUUACUCGUAGAUGGAAGAGAAGUAGCUGUGAAACAGCUCAAAAUUGGUGGCGGGCAAGGGGAACGUGAAUUCAGGGCAGAAGUUGAGAUAAUCAGCCGUGUGCAUCAUCGUCAUCUGGUUUCCUUGGUUGGUUACUGUAUAUCUGAACAUCAGAGAUUGCUUGUAUAUGACUAUGUUCCCAACAAUACUCUUCAUUACCAUCUCCAUGGGGAAAAUAGACCAGUUCUGGAUUGGCCUACCAGAAUUAAGGUUGCUGCUGGUUCAGCUCGAGGAAUAGCUUACCUGCAUGAAGACUGUCAUCCACGCAUUAUUCAUCGAGAUAUUAAGUCAUCAAACAUCCUUCUUGAUCUCAACUAUGAAGCUCGAGUUUCGGACUUUGGGCUUGCAAAACUGGCAUUAGAUUCAAAUACACACGUGACAACUCGAGUAAUGGGAACCUUUGGGUACAUGGCACCAGAAUAUGCAACAAGUGGGAAACUAACGGAAAAGUCUGAUGUAUAUUCCUACGGUGUUGUGCUUUUGGAGUUAAUUACAGGUAGGAAGCCUGUAGAUGCAUCUCAACCAAUUGGUGAUGAGAGUCUGGUUGAAUGGGCUCGGCCUUUGUUGAGUGAAGCACUUGAGAAGGAGGACUUUGAAAUCUUGGUGGAUCCAAGACUGGGAAAGAACUACGACAGAAAUGAAAUGUUCCGGAUGAUUGAGGCUGCGGCAGCCUGUGUACGGCACUCGUCGGUGAAGAGGCCACGGAUGAGUCAGGUGGUGAGAGCUUUAGAUUCCUUAGACGAGUUUACGGAUCUGAAUAAUGGAAUGAAACCGGGGCAAAGUUCGGUGUUUGAUUCUGCACAGCAAUCUGCACAGAUCAGAAUGUUUAGAAGGAUGGCUUUUGGGAGCCAAGAUAGUUCAAGUUUCUUCAAUGAGUCUCAGAGUAGCUGGAGGAGUAGAGAUCAGGACUCAGCAACCAUGUUUUCCCAAAACAAAACUGGGUCUUGGAAUGUUUGAGUCUCAUGCACACGACACAACACAGUUUGCUGGUGGGACAUCAUGUCCAAUGGUGUAAAUCUCGUUUUUACUAUUUUUGUUCUCAUUUUCCUAACAUGAUGUGCUUUCUAAGGCCCUUUCCAUUCUUUGUAAAUUAGGUUAUUUGUUGCGUAAAGCAAUGUAUUAUUUAUGUAAAAUACUAUGUAUGAGUUCUAACACUUCCCAAUCUAACACACCGCAUAAAAUCACAA